UCUUCAAGAACAUCAACAGUCCAAAAAUACAUUUAAAGAAAGAGAGAGAGAGAGAGAGAGAGAGAGAGAAAGAAAAAAGAGAAUUACGACAAAACCCUAAAUUGUAAUCCGUAAUUAAGAACUCUGAUUCCUUCAAAAACAAAGCUUUCUAAUCUUUCAACUUUUUACCCUCUUCUUUGCUAAACAAACGUUACACACCAUUGUUGUGUUGUUGUGGGAGUUCUUAUGUAUUGAACUCAAAUUCUUUAGUGAGUUCAAUUGUUGCCGUUUUGGUUGCUGGGUUCUGCUCUCCUUCUCUCCAAAUUCAUGUUGCCACUACCUUUUCACUAUGCUUCUCAUUCACAUCUCAGUGGCUGAUCACUAAUAAUUAACAAGUAAAGGAGAUGAAUGGUGACUAUUUGUCAGACAUGUGGUGAUGGAGGCUUCUCUAAUGCUUUGAUUUUUUGUGAUGAAUGUCAAGUUUAUGCUGUGCAUUGCUAUUGCUUGGCUAUUUUGCCAGCAACUUUUGAUGAGUAUGUAUUGUGGUUGUGCGAGGAUUGUGAAUCCAUCAAGAAUUUAAAGCAGAAAUCUAAGAAAAGAAAAGUCAACAGUUGCUCAUUGACUAAUUCAAAGGUUGCAGGUCUGGAAAAGAGCUCCUCUGUUCAACUGCAUGAUGCGGAUUGCUUAAAGACUAUUGAUAAAAAUCAGGAGUUUGAAUCACGAGAUGCAUUGGAUGAUCACAUCACCAAUGAAGGGGUAGAAUCUCAUGAAAGUAAAAACUCUAAACUGGAUGUUGGUGACCUUCAACAGCUUGAGACGAAUUGCUCUGAUGAUGAACAGAAAGAUGAGAACCAUGGAAGACGGCAUGGUUUAGAUGAGGGCGGCAUCAUCAAUGAAGAGGGUGGAUGUAUUGUGGCUAUACCUCUGGAGACAAUUUUUCCCGAGGUUGGGGAGACAGGGCAGAAGCUUGAGAAAAAAAGGAAUGAUAUGGAUGAAGACUGCUUCCAUGAAGAGGCUGAAAGGCGGAAUGGUUUAAAUGAGGGCAGUCUCCAUGAAGUGGCUGAACCUUGUAAUAAUAACUAUCAGCUGGUUAUUUCUCCUGAAUUAAGUAUUAUAGAACAGAGUUAUAUCCAUGCAAAGCCGAUAGAAGAACCAAUUUGGAGGGGUAGCUUGAGCAUACAGGACAAAAAGUUUUCUAUAAUGGUCGGACUUGUUGCUCACGUCUCUAAUCUAGCAUGUCUUAAAGUCAGUGAGGAAGCAAAAUCAAUGCCAACUUCACUUUCACCGGAAUUACUUCCCAGGUCCAUUAUGUGGCCUAAAGGUUUUGCAGAGUCGGGGCCAAGGGAUGAUAGUAUUGCUCUUUAUUUUUUUCCAGAUAGUGUGAGGAACGAAAAGGCUUUUGAUAGCCUAGUAAAUGACAUGAUCCAAUAUGACAUUGCCAUGAGAGUUAUUGUUCAAAAUGCGGAACUCCUGAUAUUCUCUUCUACAUUACUGCCAAUAGAAUUUUGGAGAUUCCAGGCAAAAUUUUAUUUGUGGGGAGUAUUCAAGGGAAAGCGGUCUACAAUUGUAGCAGUUGAUGCUGUCCCUGAAAAGGAGAAACAUCCCCUAGAGUCCUCAACCUGGGAUAGACGGAGUCCUGUAAGUCCUUUAAGCAACGGUAGUAAUGGUGUUGACUCGGUACAUUCCACACAAAGUCCAUCAGUGCUAUGACUCGUUAACAAAGUCUGUUUAGGGCAUAUCUUGUUUAGUAGUGACUAUUUCCACACCAGUGGCAGUGCCGCAUAACCAAAUUUUGGAGUACACAGGGUAAGAGGCUCUAUGGGGCAUCUGCUGUUUCUGGUAGUUUUACUGUGUUCUCUGUUGUCAUUGUAAAUGCUUCCUUAUGCUUCAAAUGUCAAAGAAGACAGAGAAGCAUGACACAUUUUACAGAACAGGAUUUUGCAAUUCAGCAGUAGCCCGAUUAAAGAGUUAACUAUGAAAUUUAUUGGUGCAGCGAACAUGAAAAGCAGUAAGUUGGUCUUCGGUGACUGCGCAAGUUUUGGAUCAUUGUGAAGAGGUUCAGCACAUUUUUUAGUUCUUGUUUUUUCUUCCUUUUUUGGGUUAAUGGAUAUUUUCCCAUGGCAUUUUCGAGCU